AUGGCACACCAACCGUCGCCAGCCCCUCCAAUUCAGCUAGCAGUCCCUACAAGAUGGACAACUCAAGAUUCCAACCUCGCUCUUCUCGAAUGCCUCUCGAUGGCAACACCAACAAGACCAGCUCUGCCUGCUGAGCUCAUCCUUCAAAUACUCCGCCACCCGACUCGCUGGGUUCGUCUUUACAGCAUCAGUCACCCUCCUUCGGUAGAGGCUGGUAAACCGAUCGUCGUAAGCGUCAACAAACCUACUGGCAUACCCAUUUUAUAUACACGUCCCUUCUCCGCACAAGAGGUCGCGCUAUUGAGGCAAGUCGUGUUCACGUUUCGCAGCAGAGAUCAGGGCUUCAGUUCCGAUCCGGACCAGGGCAGCUGGAGCUGGUUCGAAGCUAGCCUGGCGCAAUUUCCCGGUACCGACGAAGAUGGACAAGGCGAACUCCAUAAUGCGGCUGCGUGGACCGGCUCUUAUGGAUGGGUCGGGGAGUGGAUGGAGCGACACAACAAGCGGCUGGAGAAGCAACCGAGGUACAAGAUACAAACGAACAGGCACGCUUCAAUGGAACCCGAGGAAUACACGAUCGAGCUUACAGAUGAGCAUGAGUUGGUGCAGCGGGUCCAAGAAGGGGAUAGGGUCGUUCUUUGGGCGUGCGCUUGCUUCCCACAAUGGGAGAACCGGGUUUAUGAGGCUAAGAUUACUGUACUGGGUAUGGAUGACCUGACGAUGGGAAGGUGA